AUGCGAAGUGGCAGCGCCCGCUGUGCGGUGCUCAUGGGGCGUGGGAGUGUGGCACUGCCCCGUUGGCACCCGGGGCUGGUGGGGCUCCUGGCAGUCCCUGAGCCCUGGGUGGAACAGAACAGAACAGCCCCGAGUGGCUCUGCCCUGCCCCUGGAGCAGGGGGUGCAGUUGGCGCUGCAGCUUGGUUUUGUGCGGUGUUCUGCUCGCUUUGCACUUUGGGGCCGCUUGCUUUGGUCCUUCCCCGAGCAGAGCCUGGAGAGGGGUCCCCCGUGUGCCAUUCGUGCCCGUGGGGGUGGUUGGCACGUUGGGGCGCUGCUGGAGGAGCCGUUUUCCCGUCCCCACGCAGGCAGCAAGGCGAAGGCGGGCGCCGUGCGCUUCGCCCCCAGCCAACCCGGCGAGGGGAACCCCGGCCACGUCCACUUCGAUGAGAAGCUGAGAGACUCGGCCGUGAUGGUGACGCAGGAGAGGGACGGCCACGUCCUCGUCAAGGUGGGCUUCCUGAAGAUCCUGCACAAGUAUGAGAUCACCUUCCUGCUGCCCCCGUCGCAGCGGCUGGGGAGGGACGUGUGUGCUCUGCCACUCCCCAACCCCAACCUCAAAGUCCUCGGUGUCACUGCGGUGCCUGAAGGCUACAGUGUGAGGUGUGAGUACACGGCUCACAAGGAGGGUGUGCUGAAGGAGGAGAUGCUCCUGGCCAGUGAGACUGGA